AUGUCUCUAAAACAAUGGCGUAUACAUGAUGACAUUCAUAUCGAUACAUAUUCAUCAAUAGACUUAAAUUUUGAUAAAUUUAUAAAUUCUGAAAUAAUUCCAACAUUAUAUAAUGAUAAUAUAUUAAUAUGGUUAGAUAGAUGUAUUCAUAAUUAUGAUCAAGAUGAUCGAUAUUCAUUCUAUCAACUUCAUUGUGUUAUCAAGUCAAUUUUUAUUUUUACAAAUGAAGAAGAAUGUUUGAAGUUUAUUAAAAAAUUUGAAACAAAUAAAAAUAAAUUAUUUUUAAUUGUAUCUGGUUCAGUAGGUCAAAAUUUUGUUCCAAAUAUUAAUCAUUUAUCACAAAUUAAUUCAAUUUAUGUUUUUUGUGGAAGAAAAAACAGACAUGAAGAUUGGGUGAAAAAUUAUAAAAAAAUUAAAGGUGUUUUUGAUGAUAUUAAAGAUCUCUGUAUUAAUCUUGAAAAUAAUACAAGAAAAUUUGAACUCAAUACAGUAGAAAUCGAAAAUUUGAUAAAAUUAUUACCAAAAAAAUCUUCAUUACCUUAUAAAUUUGAUGAAAUUAUACGUUUUUCAAAUUCUUAUUGUGAUAUUUAUCAACCACAAGAUGAUAUUCAAAUAUCAACUACAUCAAUUGAGAUUCCAUUUAGUAAUGAAGAAAAUUGUUCGUCGGAAAAUGAAAUAGAAGUCAAUAAUAAUGUAACAUCUAGUCAAACAGUUACUCCAUUUAUUCAAUAUAAACAACAGAUGGAAUUUUCCGAUACUGGUAUUUGGCCAAGUUUAUCUGUUAUCGAUAGUGAACAAAAUGGAAUUUUCAAUCAUCUUCAUUCAGUUGUAGGAACAGUCAAAUAUUCUCAGACAAUAGAAAAUUGUUUACAAUAUGUUUGUGAUAAUCGUGAAGAUCCACAUUUAAUUGUUAUUUGUGAUCUAACAAAAAUUGAAUAUCUACCUAUAUUAAUUCGUUCUCAUGUACGAAACAUAUAUAUCUAUUGUCCAAAUAAAUCUCUAAAUGAAUAUUGUAUAUGGAGUGAAAGAUAUCCAAAUAUUGUUUCAAUACUACAACAUAUGGAUACUCUUACUCGUUUGAUUCUUUGGGAUUUAUCUGCUUGUAUUGUAAAUAUUGGAAAUUAUUAUGAUAAUGAAAAUCAAAAAAAUUUGGCUCAAACUCGAUAUCGUUAUGCAUAUCGUCUUCAUAUUAUUAUUCAUGAAGAUUUAAAUAAUCGACUACAGAUGUUUGAAAGAGUUGAUCAAUAA